UCUGUCUUUAUAAAAAGCUUUAACCAGCAGCGUGCACAGAUACUUUCUUUUUUUUUUUUUUUUUUUUUAUAAAUUUAUUUAUCAUAAAUAGAUUUUCAUUUUCAUGGAAAAACUCGAGGAAUAUGCUCUGCUGUCCUAAAUAGUUUUACUGGGCGCCAAAUCUGCAACCAGCUUCCCCCCAAGUAACUCAAUUCUUUUAUUAUAAUAUUAAAAAAGGAAAAAAAGAAAAGAAAAGAAAAGGAAAUAAAGAAAAGGAAAAAAAUGGAAGAGGGUAAAAAGGGGUCAAGCGUGAAAGGUUUCUCAGAUAAAACCCAGCAAGCAAUUACUUUAUUUGUCUUUCUCUUUCUAUCUUUUUUUUUUAUUAUUAUAUUUAAAUUUCUCUAUCUUCAUCCUCCUCUUACUUGCAGGGUAAUAUACCCAGUAACAAGAGUAGGGGAAGUUGAUGUAAGAGUGAAAAUGAGAUUGAGUAUGUUUUUUAUUGAAUUAUUAUUAUAAUGAAAGGAGAAUUCAUUUUCUUAUUUGAAAGCUAUGGCUCUGCAAGCAGAAGAGACUCAACAGUUUCAAAGCCCACCAUUGAUUCUUGAUGGGCUGUUAUGUGAAGAAGAAGGAUUAGGAGAUUAUAGUUUUGAAGAAAAUGGAAGUGAAGUUUGUGGUGAAACUGUGAAAAAGGAGACAUUUUUACCUUUAUUUUUUUUUCAACAUGACUUGUUCUGGGAAGAUGAUGAGUUACUCUCUUUAAUGUCUAAAGAGAAAGAAACCCAUCUUGGUUGCAUUGAUGUUUACUCAGAUGAGUCUUUAGUUUUGGCUCGUAAAGAAGCUUUGGAGUGGAUUUUCAAGGUUAAGGCACACUAUGGGUUCAAUGCUUUGACCAUAGUUCUCGCUGUGAAUUACUUUGAUAGGUUCAUUUCAAGCUUAAAGUUUCAAAAAGACAAGCCAUGGAUGGGGCAAUUAGCUGCUGUCGCUUGUUUGUCUUUGGCUGCCAAGGUCGGGGAAACUCAAGUGCCACUUCUUUUAGACCUUCAAGUGGAGGAAUCAAAGUAUGUGUUUGAUUCAAAGACCAUACAAAGAAUGGAGCUUUUGGUGUUGUCAACUCUGCAAUGGAGGAUGAAUCCCGUGACAGCAAUUUCCUUCUUUGAUCACAUUACAAGGAGGCUUGGAUUGAGGACCCAUUUGCAUUGGGAGUUCCUUCGUAGGUGUGAGCGUUUGCUUCUCUUUCUCAUUACUGAUUCGAGGUUCAUGCUUUAUACUCCUUCUAUCUUAGCUGCUGCAACAAUGCUGCAUGUUAUUAAAGAGGUCGAACCUUGCCGUUAUCUUGAAUAUCAGAAACAGCUUAUUGGAAUACUCAAGAUAUGUGAGGAUAAAGUAAAUGCGUGCUACAAGAUCAUCUUAGAGUUAUUGGAAAGCCAGUACAAAGGAAACCAAUGCCACAAACGGAAGCAUAGAUCCAUACCAAGCAGCCCUAAUGGUGUCAUUGAUGCAUCUCUUAGCUGUGAUAGCUCAGAUGAUUCGUGGGCUGUGGCAUCUUCGGUCUCAUCAUCACCACAACCACUGCUCAAAAGGAGUAGAGCUCAGGAACAGCAAAUGCGGCUACCUUCACUAAAUCGUAUGUUUGUGGAUGUGCUUAGUAGCCCUCGUUAAUCUUUCCUUCUCAUAAUAACUAGUACUAUUAAACAUGUUAUUCUGCAGUUCCUCAUUUGCAUAUUGUUGGCAGUAUUUGUUCUUAAUGUGCAAUCAAUAUGUGUUUCAUAACUUAUUGUUGCCUUUAUGGCCAAAUUUGCUAACAUGGAUCAGAUGUGGAUUCAUAUCUGCUAAAUUCCACUUUGAUUCAACUUUAAAGGUCAGUUGGGAGUUUGCCAAUGAGAACAGACGGAUGGUUUUUUUUCCUGGGAUUGGCAACUUGACAUGGGUGCCACAUUGUGCUAUGGUUUCUUAUUCUUCUAAUGUAUGGUUGUGAAUGAACAUAUGUCCCGGGCAGCCUCCUUAUCUGCAUACAUCCAUAUUAUUUUUGGUCAUUUAUCUUAUAAUUCAGGUGAAAGUAGAACUAAGAUCAAGGUAGGCAACCA